AAAUCAAACCUAAUGCAUUGUUACAUCAUAUUACAGGAGCAAUGUGUUAUGUGAUGUCAUACUUGUAGCUGGUGACCUGGAAAUACCGGUGCAUAGAUUGGUGAUGGCUUCGGGGUCGCCUUACUUCAUGGCUAUGUUUAAUGGCAUGAUGAGCGAAAGUAGCGCCGACCGUGUUAAACUGAACGGGAUCGAUGGUAAAGCUUUGCUGCAGUUGGUUGAUUAUGUUUAUACGGCACAAAUACAAGUGACCGAGGAAAACGUACAAUCUUUACUUCCUGCUGCAAGUUUGCUUGAGUUAACCUUUGUUCGUGAGUCUUGUUGUUGUUUCCUUCAAUCUCAACUUCACCCCUCCAACUGCCUCGGUAUUCGACAGUUCGCCGACAUCCACGCAUGUUCCGAUCUCCUUACACAAGCAAGGUCAUUCACAGAGCAACACUUCACCGAUGUAGUUCGAGGCGAAGAGUUUCACAACCUAAGUUGUCAACAAGUUUGUGAAUUAAUCAACAGUGACCAACUGUCCGUCUCCUCUGAGGAAAUGGUGUUUGAAGCAGUAAUAGGUUGGGUGAGAAGCGACUUGGUAUCUAGAUCACAAUACAUGCCGAUAUUACUCGAACAUGUUCGAUUGCCUCUCAUGCCAAGCGAUUACCUUGUCGAGAGAGUUGACCAGGAAAGCUUGGUGAAAAACAACGAUCUGUGUAAAGACUUCCUCAUAGAAGCGAUGAAGUAUCAUCUACUAAGCCCCGAACAUCGAGCUAUGAUGAAAAUAUCAAGGACACGACCAAGAACACCUAAAGGAAUGCCCAAGUCGAUGCUGGUGGUUGGAGGGCAAGCCCCUAAAGCGAUACGAUCUGUUGAAUGUUACGAUUUCAAGGAGGAUCGUUGGCGGCAAGUUUCCGAGAUGAACUCGCGGAGAUGUCGAGCGGGUGUGUCCGUGUUUCAGGUGGGUGUGUCUGUGUUUCAGGGCUGUGUGUGGGCAGUGGGGGGCUUCAACGGCUCUUUGCGCGUACGAACAGUAGAUAAAUACGACCCAAUGACGGAUUGUUGGACAGCAGGGCCGUCAAUGGAAGCGAGAAGAUCAACUUUGGGUGCGGCAGUUUUGCAGAAUAUGUUGUAUGCAGUGGGGGGGUUCGAUGGAUCGUCAGGUCUAAACACAGCUGAAGUUUACGAUCCGAAAACCAACGAGUGGCGAUCCAUUGCCCCGAUGAACACCCGACGUAGUAGUGUGGGGGUCGCUGUUUUGGGAGGUUUACUAUUCGCUGUUGGUGCCAUAAUAAUUGUUCCACCGUAAUAAUUGUUCCACCUA